AUGGACAGCUGUGUAGCGAUUUUCACAGGAUCGUGGUUAGACGGCAGCAUCCCUGACGAAGCGGUAGGAUUGGAGGCACACACGCUGUUCCGGGAAGAGAAAGAUGCAGUGGAUCCAUCCCUCCAUACAUCUCUCAAUCAAUCAGAGUGUGCUAGAUUUUACUAUAACCCUUACAUAGUCCCAACUCUUUUCUUUUUGAUGUUCCCAAUAGCCUUGUUGCUGAAUGUCGUAGCAGCAUGGGUGUCUGUGCAUCUUAAGUCUACCUCCACUUUUGUGGUGUACCUGAAAAAUCUAGUAGCUGCUGACAUAAUUAUGACCUUGAUGAUCCCAAUCAAAGCUGCAGGAGACUUACCUGGCACAUGGGAACAUCUAUCUGGAGCGACAUGCCGUUUUUUUGCUGUCAUCUUCUACAAUGCACAGUACACUUGUAUUGCUCUGUUGGGGCUGAUCAGUCUCGACCGUUUCUUUAAGAUCAUGAUGCCGCACAGCAGGUUGUUUGGGCAAAGUCUGACCAUGAGCAAAUUGAUAUCUGCCACAGUCUGGGUUGUUCUGUUCGGAGGUACGGGUUUGCCAAAUAUCCUUCUAACGAACAAAUCAGUUGCCAAUGCAUCAUUAAUCACCACAUGCAUGGUUCUAAAAGGACCAGCAGGAGUUAAGUUCCAUGGACAAACAUCUCUCCUCCUGAACAUAUUCUUUUGGCUUGUUAGUGUGGUCAUUGUGGUUUGCUACUUCUGCAUCGCAAACAGAGUCAUCCAGUCCUACAGAAACUCUGGUAGCAACAACAGCCAGGGAAAGCAGAAAAUCAAACUGCGUGUUUUUCUCGUCAUCAUUGUGUUUUUCAUCUCAUUUGGCCCAUACCACAUUAUCAGGAUCCCAUACACUUCCGAGCAAGUCACCUAUUCUGACGCACAGUGCUCUAACACUUAUGAGCAUUUAAGGUUUGCGAAGGAACUCAGCCACUGGCUCGCUACCACCAACAUCUGCAUGGAUCCACUGCUCUAUGUCUUCCUUUGUCGAGAGUUCAAGGAGAAACUUAUGUCAAUGAUAAAAAAUGUGUGUCUUUCUUAUAAAUCAACACGAAAACAAAUAUUCAAAGACUCUUUGCCUCGCUGA